CAUGCGCCACCGCCUCUGGCUUGGCCUGGCCUGGCUGCUGCUGGCACGGGAGCCCGGUGCGGCAGGGACCCCAAGCGCGCCGCGGAGACCGCGAAGCUACCCGCACCUGGAGGGCGAUGUGCGCUGGCGGCGCCUCUUCUCCUCCACCCACUUCUUCCUGCGCGUGGACUCCAGCGGCCAGGUGCAGGGCACCCGCUGGCGCCACGGCCAGGACAGUGUUGUUGAGAUCCGCUCCGUUCACGUGGGCACUGUGGUCAUCAAGGCCGUGUACUCAGGCUUCUAUGUGGCCAUGAACCACCGGGGCCGCCUUUACGGAUCGCGGGUCUACACUGUUGACUGCAGGUUCCGGGAGCGUAUUGAAGAGAACGGCUACAAUACCUAUGCCUCGCUUCGCUGGCGCCACCAUGGUCGGCCCAUGUUCCUGGCACUGGAUGGCCGGGGAUCACCCCGGCAAGGUGGCCGGACAAGGCGGCACCACCUGUCUUCCCAUUUCCUCCCUGUCCUAGUCUCCUGAG